AUGGCACCCAAGUCGAUACUGAAGCAACGCACAGUCUCUGGUCAUUCUGCGUCCGCUUCUGCUUCUCCGAAACGAACCAUUGUCGUGCCCUCGACUUCAACUUCGCAAGCUCGCCCGGCUCGAGCGUCGCACCGCGCUGACGAGGGACGGAUCCAGGACGGCCUCAACGCUGGGAGGAAUACUAUUGUCGGAACGGAUGACGAGGAGGGGGAAGACGACGACGACGGCGAUGAUGUAUAUGGUGACCACGAUGAUGACGAGGAGGAAGAAGACGAGAAUGAGGACGAGAAUGAUGGCGACGAAGACCUCGACGAGUUUGAAGCGCGAGGCGAGAGUUCGCGAGGAUCGAAUGGUGGUACGAAGUCUAAGCCGGUCAAGAGUACGUCACAAACCAACCUAGUGUCGUUUGACAGCCUGAGUGGGGUGUUCCGUCACUCAAGCCGACAGCUGAAGACUGAGCUGCCUCGCUUUGUUCGCUUGCAGAACUCAAGAACCCUACUCUGAAGCCGACGCCGGCCCCGGCCUUCUCGCAGGCGCUCCAUCACCUACUCAGUCUACCACCAACGACGGCCUCGCUUGCUCCGAAGGUGGCCCCUCCUUCAGCUCACGCACAACGACUUGACCGUAAAGCACGCAGUAUUUUGCGUGAGUCCAAGGCGCAGCAUCUGGCACAAGGUCACGUGCCGGAUGUGAUCGCCGGGUGGGGAGCCCGGCCGCCCUUACCAUUCAGUCUGUGGGAAUCCAGUCAAGCCAGGGAUUUCGAACAUGCAAGACGAGGUGGAGAUUCGUCACUGUCGGAGGUCAUCGAAUCGGGAGCAGAACGUGAGAAGCGGCUGCGCAAACUCGCGCAGCGCGGAGUAGUCCGCCUUUUCAACGCGAUCGGAGCUGCUCAAGGUGUGCCGGAUCGCUUGGACCGAGAAGACGUUAAACGUCGGCGCACAGUCGAGAGUGUUGCCACCGGGCUCCCUCGUAUCGGCAAUGGGCCGCUUGGGGGUACGAUUGCGCGGCAGCCGAAUGUAUUAGGAGGACGUGGCAAAGGCGAAGCCUGUGAGUUGAUCGCCAUCUCGCGUUAUCGUAUCUGAGAAAGGUUACACGUGUGCUCAUCCUGCAUUCCGUUACAAACGUGUAUAGUGAGCAACCUAUCUAAGCAGUCGUUCUUGGAUCUUGUGCGCGCCGGCACGACAUGA